CGGCCGCCGCCGCCGCCGCCAGCAUGUUCCCCCGGCCGCCGCCUCGCUCCUGCGACACCUUCGUGGCGCUGCCGCCCGCCGCGGCGGGGGGUCGCGUCGUCUUCGGGAAGAACUCGGACCGGCCGGCGGACGAGGUGCAGGAGGUCGUCCACUUCCCGGCCGCCGCGCACUCGCCCGGCGCCGCGCUGGAGUGCACCUACAUCAAAAUUGAGCAAGUCGAAAAGACCCACGCCGUGGUCCUGAGCCGUCCCUCCUGGCUCUGGGGGGCAGAGAUGGGGGCCAACGAACACGGCGUGUGCAUCGGGAACGAAGCCGUGUGGGGGAGAGAGGAGAUCUGCGAUGAUGAAGCUCUCCUCGGCAUGGACCUCGUAAGGCUUGGACUCGAGAGAGCGGACACAGCUGAAAAGGCUCUUACUGUCAUAGUUGAUUUGCUAGAAAAAUAUGGACAAGGAGGAAACUGUAUGGAGAGCCACAUGGUAUUUACAUACCAUAACAGUUUUCUGAUAGCCGACAGAAAGGAAGCAUGGGUGCUAGAGACAUCGGGAAAAUACUGGGCAGCAGAAAAAGUAGAAGGAGGUGUACGGAAUAUUUCCAACCAGCUCUCUAUCACAACCAAGAUUGACAGAGAACACCCAGAAUUGAAGGAAUAUGCCAAAAGCAAGGGCUGGUGGGAUGGGGAAAAGGAAUUUGAUUUCGCUGCCACGUAUUCUUAUGUAAAUACUGCCAGAAUGACCACAUCCAGAGGCCGAUAUUGUGAAGGCUAUAAACUUCUCAACAAACACAAAGGAUCUAUCACUUCUGAAAUAAUGAUGGAAAUUCUUCGUGACAAAGAGAGUGGCAUUAAUAUGGAAGGUGGAUUUAUGACAACUGGAAGCAUGGUAUCUGUAUUACCUCAGCAGCCUAGUCUGCCAUGUAUUCACUUCUUUACUGGAACUCCAGAUCCUGCAAGGUCUGUAUUCAAGCCUUUCAUUUUUGUGCCCAAUAUUACUCAGUUAUUAAAAACUAGCUCCCCUACAUUUGGUCAUGAUGAUCCAGUUAAGAAGCAACCACGUUUUCAGAAUAAGCCAGAUCGAAGACAUGAGCUCUAUAAAAAACAUGAAAGUGCUGCUGUAGUUAUGGAAACUAUCGAGGGCCAAGGUAAAGAGAUGCUGAAAGAGAUACAGGAGUUGGAGAAACAGAAGAUAAGUGAAAUGGAAUCGAUCCUGCAAAACGGAUGUCUUGACAUUAACCAAAUGGUUAACCUUUUUUCACAGUGUGUAGAAGAAGAACUCAAAAUAUAUAGCUAAAACUACUAUUUGAAUGUGAUAAAAUUGAGUUUUAUGAUUAACUUUUCUAAUGAAGUGGCUAUAUAGAUUACAUCUUAUUUUCAAUAUACCAGUUAGUAUGGACAGUUUUAAAGAUGCAGAUUCAUAUUCAGGCCAAACAGCUUUUGGUUGUACGAAGCAAUGCUGAAAAGGCUCUUAAGAGCUAGGCAGUGGCUUUGUCUGUACGUGGCAUAAAGCUGUCAGCAGAGAUUGAUUUCAUCAACAAACAGAUGCAAUUAGAAUGUAAUAGCUUGACUAAAUUGUGGAACCACCCCAUCUCUGGGUGAAGAACACUAACCCAGAUUUGGAGAACUCAGUUCUAGUGUAUGCACAUGUAGCUUUCAUAGUCAAGAUAAUCGUAGCAGAAUUUCACGUUGCCUGAAUUAAAAUGGCCAUGCUGAAGGACUUUCUAAAAUGUAGAACCUGUUACUUGCACUGAAUAAAAAGGAAAGUUAUAUGCAAGUCAAGUAAGGUUGAUAUUCAGCUGUUUGACAAAACCAUUCUAAGAUACGUUUCAUAUAUGAACCUUCUAAUCCUUCAAUGUAAAAUGAGGCUAAGAGUAUAUUAAAACCAAAUCACAGUUACAAUUUUACCAUGAUUUGUUGUGAAAUCUGAUUACGUGGAAUUCAACAAUGCAAGCAUCCUGCAAGUUACCACACACUUUUCACUUCCCUAUUUUCCCCACCCUGAUACCAAAAAAUAAACUUAUUUACAUACAA